GUGCUGCGUCUUCUUCUGCUGCCGUUCCUCACAUGGCAGGUGGAUACCAGAAUACCUCCAACUAUGCCAAGGGUAAUGGCUGGCAUCAGGCACGGCAGCGACUGGAGUACCUCGAGAGCACGGUGGCUGCGAUCAAGGUCAGACACGAUGCGGAGAUCGAACGGGAAAAGAACAAACAAGCUGAGGAUGAUAGAAUCAAGAAAGAGAAGGAGGAUGAAGAGAGGAGAGCUAAGGAAAAGCUGGAGAGAGAAGAACUGAACAAAUCGAUGAUGGACAACAUGAACAAGCGACUAGUAGAUAUUGUUUGCUUGGCACUAUCCGGCAAGAGGCUGGAUGAGAUUGACUUAUCGCAUAGGGCUGAGGCGCUCCGCGUUACUGUUCUGAUAGCGAAGACUCAAACUAAUGAUGACGUGCUCGCCAAGUUGAUGGCGGAACAGGAAAGGAUGAAGGUUCAACUUGACGAGGCUGCAGCUGCUAGAAGACGUUUGGAGAAAAUGGAGCAGGAGAUCCAGAUUCUUCGACAAUCUCGAGAUGAUGCUAAAGUUGAAGCCGAGGCAUGGAGACAAGAAGCGAUCCGACCUGGCUCCAAGCGGGGUUGAGUGGCUCUGUCCACCCCCAGUGUCCAGGCAACGAUGUUGCCUCGCAUCAUGCCUACCAAGACUCCG